GGAGACUGUGAAUUAGGCUAUGUAACUGGUGCGAUCCGGUUGGCAGCUGGUUCUAUCUGGUUUGCAUCUGGUACAAACCGGUUUGCAUCUGACGCGUUCUGGAUCCGCGGCAGUGUUAGCAGUUGUAUGCGCUAUCCUUGGUUUUAGCAUCUAAACAGGCCAGUAAUAUGCCAUGCAUCCUAAACAGAGUGUCGACAUCAGAAACGGUACGUAGUUGGUAAUCAAUCGCUUGACCGUGAUUGAUAAUGCGUGUAUCAGAGACGAAGCUAAUUCCGGAGACAAGGAUGGCGUGGGUCCGGACAGGUAAAGCUGGUCAACGAAUCGCUGGAUUGCCGGGAGAACCGAGUCGAAUAACAAACCAUAUCUCAACAAGAAAGGACAAGAUCAACACGCGCUGACUGCAAGUGCAUAAAUUUCGAAAUACAUGCACAAUUAGCGUUUUGCAGAUAACGUGUAUUUAAAGAGAGUCACUAUCUGGCCCGGCAAGCCAGUGCGUAUCGAUCGUGCGACGGAUGUGCGAUAGGUCACUGAUUUUUUCUCCGUGGUGCGGCGUACUGCCUCGAAACGCGUGAACAGUGUACGAUUGAGCAUGGCAGCGCCAACAAGCUACGACUCGGCUUCCUCUCCGUCCAGGCUCUCCGCGGACGUCGUGAUUCAUACUACGGAGAUGCACACCGGCGGAGAGCCGCUGCGCAUCAUCGAUAGCGGCUACCCGACCCUAGUCGGUGACACCAUCCUCGAUAAGCUUCGAGACGCCCGCCAGAAUUACGAUCAGUUUCGCACAUUUUUUAUGAGCGAGCCUCGAGGACACCGUGACAUGUACGGUGCCAUUUUGGUCGAGCCGGACGCGCCUGGAGCAGAUCUUGCAGUCUUGUUCACCCAAAACGAGGGCUACGGCACGAUGUGCGGACAUGCCGUUAUCGCGUUGUCCAGAUACGCGGUUGAUAGAGGAAUCGUGAAGCCAAUGACGCCAGAAACACAGGUAAACAUUCAAUGUCCGUGUGGCAUGGUGCGGGCUUACGUCUCGUGUGAUGAGAAUGGUAAAACCGGAGCCGUGCGAUUCCAUAGUGUCCCCGCCUUUCUUUUUGCAGAAGAUAUCGAAGUGGAUGUCGAAGGACUCGGCAAACUCCGUGUCGACAUCAGCUACGGCGGUGCCUUUUAUGCGUUCCUAGAUGCUGCUAAGAUAGGACUGGAUGUAAGAACAUCGAAAGCUCGAGAUAUUGUUGCUGCCGGGGCCCAAAUAACAGGUGCUCUUAAAGCUAAAAUAAAGCUUCAUCAUCCAGACAGUAAUGACUUAGCAUUCCUGUCCGGAACCAUCUUAACAGAUGGAAAUGAUCCAUUCCCCAAUAAACCGGCGGCCCAAGUCCUGGUGUUUGCAGACAGUCAGCUUGACCGAUGUCCAUGUGGCUCUGGCGUGACAGCUCGAGUUGCUCUGCAAUACAAGAAGGGUUUUAUGCACCUGGGACAACGCCGCAUAUAUGAGUCAGGCACCACUAAAACCAAGUUUACAGGAACGGCAAUUGCAGAGACAACGGCAGGGGAGGUCGAUGCAGUGGUAGUGGAAGUGCGUGGAAGAGCGCAUUACUGUGGCUCCAAUGUCUUUACCUUAGAGGAAGACGAUAUUCUGAAAGCGGGAUUCCUGCUGCAUUAAUGGGAAACAAUUAAUCUGUCUUAAAUCAUAGACAUGAUCAUUUAUAGUGUCUUAGAAGCAAUACUACGAUGGAUAAUUAUUAUGUAAAGUGUCAAAUGUAAAAUAAUGAUAUAACAAUGUAUAAAUUAAGAUGAUUUUAAAUUAUAAAAAAUAAUAAUUCCA